AUGGCGGAUUCUAGCGAGCCGAGUGUGUCGGAGCACAUCCAGAUCAAGGUCAGGUCGCCGGAUGGCUCCGAGGUCUACUUCAAAAUCAAGAGGAAGACCAAGCUCGAGAAGCUCAUGACCACCUACUGCAGCAGGCUCGGACAGUCGCCUGACGCAGUGCGCUUCCUCUUCGACGGCGACCGCAUAAAGGGCGACGCAACCGCCGAGGACCUGGGGAUCGAAGACGGGGACAUCAUCGACGCCAUGGUCCAGCAAACCGGUGGCCACUGA